UUGAAUUUGCCUCUACAGCCGACAGGAAUGAACUCGACACUGGACAUUGAGUCAUGUCAGAACAAACUCACCGACUUGCUGGAAGCCAUUCAACACUUUGACACUGAGAACACCACGAAGGAAUAUACUCGGAUUUCAACAAGAUUAAUACACAUUCAGAGAAGACUGAAUUUUAUUAUCACUAAAAAUGAAACCGAGUCACAGAUGAUAGAACACUUAAAGGAGACUGCAGCUCGGGCCUUGAGUUCAUUGGAGGCAACGUUGACUGCUGACAGACAGCAACCAUCAACCCGACCGGAUGGAUCGCUUUUGGAUGCAGAGAUUCCACAGUCGCCUGAGAUGUCUCCCAUUCAACCAACCAAGGUUGCACAACUGAAGACAUCACUGAUAGAUUUGGAAGAUGAUGACCGCCCACUGCCAACUGCCCAGGUCUCCCAUACUGCAACACCUGCAAAUAAGUCAAGAUUAGUUCAAGUUUUGAAUGAAACAAGACAGGAAUGUGAGAAGUUACUACAGAAUUUACCAACGAUGCCUAUUCCUCAACCACAACAGCCGAAUAUGAAUCUGAACCAGCUGAUGACACCGACUACUGCCCAACAAGAAUCUGAACCACGACCGAUGCCAACCUCGACUAUACCCAUCCAUAAAUGGAAUAUUUACUUUGAUGGGACUGAUAGUGUGAUUGGAUUUAUAGAAGAGAUAGAGAGACUUGCUGAAUCCCGAAAGACAUCCUUAGAACAUGUGUUCGAAUCGAUUUACGAACUUCUGCGAAAGGAUGCCAAAGAUUGGUUCAUCCCCCGGAGGGGACUCUUCAGAAACUGGGACGACUUCAAGACUCAAUUAAAAGAGGCAUUCUUACCAGUCAACUAUGAAGAAAACCUACUGGAUGAAAUCAAGAAGAGGAUGCAAGGUCCUGAUGAGAAGUUACUACUGUAUGUCACCCGGAUGCAAAAUCUGUUCCAAAAGCUGACUUGUAAUCGUCCCACGGAGAGUGAACAGAUUCGACUGAUAAGACAGAGGUUAUUGCCAUCACUGCAACAGGCCUUGGCUUUCCAGGAGACGACCACCUACGAUGAACUCCUGAAAAAGGGAAAAGUUUUUGAAAUGGUUCAAUGGCAGAUGGGACAUUAUACCAAACCACCGGUUAAACCCAGCCUCAUCGAUGAACCACAUCUAACAUAUCAUCAACGUCGUCAACAGGACUACCCGGCCAACCUCUCUGCAAUUUCGGAGAAUACUAGACAACGAAACCACAGUACUCGUCAGGAAGCUCCCACAACAUCUCCAUCUCCGAAGAAGGGCCCGUCAAGACCGCUAACCACAGGCAGAAGGAUAGAAGACUGGAAUUGCUCAGUAUCCCCUGGACCAGAUCGUCCCCAUCUGCCCUCGAGGCCACCGGAAUACUCGACCAACAGAACAGGAAAUGCCAACACCUCCCAGGAUCGGAAUGGAUCACCACCGGAGCGAAGAGUGUCCUCCCAGACACAAUGCUUCAGAUGCGGGGGAUAUGGCCACCUACGUCGAGACUGCCGAAGGACACCGAAAAUGUUCUGCUCCCGAUGUCAACGAGAAAAUAUCCUCUCACGAGACUGCCCAUGUCCUCAAAACCGGAGAGGAACGACACCGUCAACUUCAGCGGGACUCCUAACUACAGUGAUUCCUAUCGUUAGCAACGACAGCUGGCCUCUGGUAGAAGUGCACAUUGAGGGAAAGUUAUUCCAUGCAUUGAUAGACACUGGUGCGGCAAAGAGCUGCUGUAGUCAGAGGGUGGCCCAGCUGUGUGAAAGAAAUGGAAUCAAGGGAGAAAAAUCAACGACUGAAGCUGUCAUGGUAGCGAAUGGACAAACUACAGCCAUACCGAAGAUGUAUCACCUUGGAAUGGUGAUAGCCGAUUAUGCCCUGAAGAACAUAGAAUUCUUACUUGUACCCAACUUACCAGUCGACUUAAUCCUGGGAAUAGAGAUGCUGAAGACAUACAACUUCUCCCUGGAUAUCAAGAACACAGAAUGUUAUCUGGAAGGACGACGGAUCCCCAGAGCUAAACAGGUUAGCCAAGAGGUCAUAGAGGUGCAGACUCCCGAAAAACACCUCCAGAACCGAAGAGGAUCCCACAACAUACUUGCUGAGAGCCCGUUGAGAAAUCCAUUGCCGACACUCAACUGUGUCCAACUGAAAGAAACAGGUAUGCAAUGUAAGUGGUACAAAAAUAAGUUUCAGGAAGUAGAGAAAGGACCAGAGCACUGCCCCGAGUAUUCCAUCAUCAAUGGAAGAUUGCACCGACACUUUUGGGAUUCAUCAGAUGCCAGGGAAGCUGGAACAGGCCACCCAUGGAAGCUGUGUAUACCCACCGAACAGAGGACCAAAGUACUGAAAGAAAACCACGACUCAGCCUUGGCUGGACAUCUGGGAAUAGCUAAGAUGAUUGCGAAGAUCUCGCGGAAUUAUUACUGGCCAGGUAUGUUUAGGGACAUUGCGAAAUAUGUCCGGAACUGCACUUCGUGCCAAAAGUUCAAAGUACCCCAACAGCAACUGGCAGGAAAGAUGCAACCUCGAAAGAUGGUGGAUGCGCCGUUCAAGGAAGUACCGGUGUUAAGGAGGAGAACAACGACGGAGAUGCGGAUGUCUAGAGCCCCCCAGAGCUCGGUAUCGUCAGUUAGAGGGAGAAAUUACCUAGCAGGAGUAGAGAGAGUGGUGAAGAGGACCACUACGCAAUCUACACAGACACCCCCGUUGUGCCAGCCGCGUACCAAUCAAACCACACCGGCCCCAAGGAGCGUUCGUAUUGUAGGUACGAUGGGAAAUAAAGUGUACCUAGAGGUUAGGCCCAACACUUGCUGGAAGUGCGGCAAGACAUGUCCCUCGCGGCAGGAGUGUCGAGGUCGACCACUCCUAUUCUGCAGCAGAUGUGGUUUGAUAGGUACGCAGACCAGGUACUGCGAAUGCGUAUCCAGGAAACUGGCCCCACGGCCGACAGCAACUAGGUUGACGCCAGAACAACUAGCCCUGCGUCCGUGUGCAAGAUGCACAGAGAGAGAAGCCACGCAGCGGAGAGAAGAGAGAGCAAGCAAAUGAGAUAGAAUUAAAAAAAAGAUACCGUUGUUUUUGUUCCAUACUCCUGUAAAACUGUAUAAAACCAUAUAGGGCCUAACCCAAUAUCUGAUAACAUUAUAUUCAAGACUAGUAGACUGAUUUUUAAUCUGUAAAUGUUGAUGAAACUGAAUAGUACAUAAUAAGUCAGUGAAUAUUAUACAAUAAAAACAAUUCCAGUCACUUGCCCCGAAUUUCAAAGGCCAUCAGAUAUAAAUUAGUAGUUUCACUGUGUAAUCUAUUUGAAGAAUGCCAUUUCUAAUCUCUUACUGUUCUGAUAAAUUACUGAAAUAUUCCGCAGUGUUACAGAUGAAGUUUUCUAAGAGGCUAGAUACUCACCGAUGAG